CGGUGAGAGUCGUUCUCUGUCGGACAAGGAGCCCGUGAGUCUGGGACCAUGUCGGACAUCUCCCCGGAUUUUAACAACGACACGCUGCCGGCGGGGCGGAUCACUCACUUCAACUUCCCUGCGCUGAUAUUCGGGAUCUUGCUGAUAGUGAUAAUCGCUGGCGGAAAUGUGCUCGUGUGCCUCAGCGUGUUCCUUGAAAAGGCUUUAAAAACCACAACAAACUACUUCAUAGUCAAUUUGGCGUUCGCAGACCUGCUGCUGGCGGUGCUGGUUCUGCCGCUCUUCGUUUACGCAGAGUUUCAGGGUGGAGUUUGGUCCUUGAACAUGCUGGUGUGUGACAGCCUGAUGACCAUGGAUGUGAUGCUGUGCACCGCAUCCAUUUUCAACCUCUGUGCCAUCAGCGUGGACAGGUUCAUUGCCGUGUCCAUCCCACUAAACUACAACCGUAAACAUGUGGACCACCGUCAGAUCGUGCUGCUGUCGGCCACGUGGCUGCUGGCCCUGGCUGUGGCCUCGCCCGUCAUCUUUGGCAUCAACAACGUACCGGACCGUGACCCUAGCGAGUGCAAACUGGAGGACAACAACUAUGUGAUUUACUCCUCCGUCUGCUCCUUCUUCGUCCCCUGCCCCAUCAUGCUCCUGCUCUACUUUGGGGUUUUCCGUGGGUUACGACACUGGGAGGUGACUCGUAAGGUCAAGCUCCGCAGCAGCAUAGAGGCUUGCAGGAGACUGCAGCAUGCGGCCGUGGCCACCGCCCUCCCCCAGCUCACAGGCACCAUCCCCGGACCUCUGCCCAUGCCUCUGCCCAGGAUCAUCGAGAGGGACUUGGCCCAGUCUCGGUUGGACGACACGGGCGACUUCAUGCAGCAGGAGAUCCCUUAUCCCCGGCAGUACAGAGAGAACUCAGUGCCCACGGUGACCUACAGCCAGGUGCACCGCAAGAAGAGAGCCAAGAUCAACUGCAGGGAGAGGAAAGCUAUGAAGGUGCUGCCUGUCGUAGUAGGUUGCUUCCUGUUCUGCUGGACUCCGUUCUUCGUGGUGCACACGACGCGAGCCAUCUGUCUGACCUGUGACAUCCCUCCUGCUCUGAUGAGCACCGUCACCUGGCUGGGCUACGUCAACAGCGCUCUAAACCCCAUCAUCUACACCAUCUUUAACACAGAGUUCAAGAAAUUCUUUAAGAAGUGUUUCCAAAUUUCCCUCCGAAGACGCUAAAGGAAGGAACUGGGAGGUGAUAAGGGAUUAGAAAGUGUGAGGCUAACAGUUAGACCGUCAACUCAUUACUGGGCUGCCAGCUGGACGUGGAUUGUCGAUUUGGCCGACAGUUUAAAAAAAAAAACACUUUAACACCGUUUCUGAUGAUGUUUAUUACAUUUUAGGGUCCAUUUUAUCAUUUGGUGAAGUACUUUCGUGAUCCUCUGGGAUUACUGCCAAAACUAAAUGAUGACCUUUGGGGCUUAAAGCUGCAGAAAACAUGUGAACCGACUCAGAAAAUUGUCUGAGGGGAGCUAAUCACCAUUUCUAGUCUUUCCGCAAAGCACUUCUUUAUCGUUUAUCAGCCCUGGAUAAAGUUAUGGUCUGCCAGCUCCAGUUAACUACAUGGGAUUUGUACAGAGCCUGGUCUGCCUGAAGGGAUCAUCAGGGCGAAAACUGUCCCCAGGAGCCCAAAUAAGCUUCAACAGACCAGCUAAAAGCAGCUACACGAGUAAAUAUCCUUUAAGAACGGCCAAUGAUUUUUACACUAAAAUAAACACUUGGGAAAUACGCUUUCUUGCUGAGAGUUGGAUGAGAAGAUCGAUAGCUCUCUCAUGUCUCUGUAAUAUGAAGCUACAUUUAAGCAGCUGAUUGGCUUAGCUUGGCCAAAAGACUGGAGAUCAAUGAAACAGAUUGUGUCAAUUGCUUACCAACACCUCUCAGGCCUAACAUGUUAAAUCUUUAAUUGAAUCUUUAGUUAAAUCAUAAAAACACAUUUUUUUUAAAUGUGUAGUUUUGAACACAUUCACAUUCGGAUUCUUAAUACACAUUUGAAUGCUGCACAGCUUUUUUGUACUUUUCUUUGCAUAUUAAUCCUGUUAAAACCCAGUAUUUCAACAGGGAUUUCAUUAGUAUCUAAUAUAUUUAAGAUUUGAUUCCAGCCGUGCCUCUGUAGGAAUGUGUCUAACUUGUAUGAUCCAAACUGAUCCACGCACACAACAACAAAAAAUGUAAACGAAAAUGUCCAAACAUCAAUUCAGGCUUAAAAUGUAAUAACACACAAGACAUGGACUACUCCUUGGGUUGAGGUAGUAACUUAGUAGAAACUAGUGAAGACACCAGGCUA